CAUCUAUUAACAGAUCUACACUAGCUAACCAUUAAAUCCCGGACAACUGGUAUGAAUUUCAAGAUGCUGGUUUUUUUGCCUGAAGCUAUCGCAAUCAACGAACGAUGCAUUAAACUUGAAAUUCAAGAACUUAUUCCGUAAAUCAAAUGAAGUAAGUCUCUAACAAAACUAUUUUCACGUUUCAAAUUGAUUUUUUUUUUCUCGUUCGUUCGCAUCGAGAACAUGAGGGUGCGGGAACCCCCAGAGGCAACGGUCGGGAACCGGUUGCUCUUAUGGAAGUCGACAUGAACUAAAAAAGAAGUAAAUAGAUUAGGGAGAGUUCAACGACGGAUAAACAAACUAACAAGAUGACGUUCCUAAAGAAAGGAAUUGUUUAAGCCUUUAUUCAGUCUAACCCCAAUUUCUUCGUGUCAGUUUCAUCUGCUUGAACCUCAAAAUCUUGACAACAAAAGCAGCAAAAAAAAAAAAAGAAAAUGGUUUGCUUUGUUCCACUAUAGCAAACAUCAAUAAAUAUGGCUAUUAUCACGUCAUAUUGUUUACGGAAAAAUGAAGCGAUCAAUCUACAAGACUGCCUCUUGUGGCCGUUCAAGCUAAUGAAUAAGAAUUAGCGGCAAUCGGGCAGGCGCAGUUAACGAUGGUCGAUCUGUAUUCUCAUUUGCUUGGAGAAAGAGACUGACAUCUUUCAUGUUUCUACUUGCAAUGAAAUGAGUAGUAGCAAGUGGAUUUGUUACGUUGCAAGAAAAACUGGGUAAACUAGUGGCAAUGACAUUUUAGAGUUAAAAAAAUUAAAUAAAAAAAAAAACUCGCAGGUUGUCUUGGUGACGCACGCGUCUAAAACAAAACAAAACAAAACAAAACAGAAGAGAGGGAAAUCCCACAACUAAAGAGCAAGAGAGCAGCAAGAAGAUAACCAAAAUGGCGUUGAACUACAUCAAGGAAAGAGUGCUGGGUCGUGGAUCUUUUGGAACUGUUUACUUGAUUAAGAUGAACGUUGGGAUGACGGACACGCAAGGAUUAAGAGUGGAUGGCGCCCGUGGUAAAGACUUGAAAGCUGAACAUGAAGCCGCAAAUUACGUGCUGAAAGAAAUCUGCAUACGUGACGAAAAACAACGCGAGACUGCCCGUCAAGAAGGCAGACUCUUGUCUCAGUUGAAUCACGUCAACAUCAUUCGUUAUUUUGACUCUUUCGAAUCGCCCGUCACGGGCAAUUUGUGCCUCGUGAUGGAAUAUUGUCCUGGUGGCGAUGUUGCAGCUGUCAUCCGCCAACGACGGGGUGUUCCGUUCCCCGAACAACAAAUUCUCAGCUGGUUUCAGCAACUCGUCUCAGCUUUGGAUUACCUUCACAAGCGAAAAAUUCUGCACAGGGACAUUAAAACAGGCAACAUUUUCGUCACGGCCAACCUUUUGGUGCUUAAACUCGGCGAUUUUGGUGUGGCCAAGGUGCUGGAACGCACUGGACAAAUGGCUCGAACGUGCGUCGGUACGCCCGGAUACUUGUCGCCCGAGAUUUGCGGCAAUCGCCAAUACAACAGCAAGAGCGAUAUCUGGAGCUUGGGAUGCGUCCUUUAUCAGUUGAUGACGUUGCGGCCACCAUUCACGGGACGUAACAUGAAUCAGCUGCUGAUCGCCAUAGUACGGGGCCACUUCCCCCCAAUGCCGGCUCGUUACAGCUACGAACUACGUCAGACUGUAGCGACCAUGUUGCGAAAAAAUCCCGAAGAAAGGCCGUCAGCUGAAGCACUUCUCAGGAAACGCCUUUUCUCAAUCAAACAAGCACAUCAAUCGGUGACAAAACGAAAGCUACUGGUCAGCUCCUCUUCAUCGAACCGCAAAGGGCUUGGUUUACUUUCUGUCUAUGCCAACCCUUUACUAUCACGACCAGCCAAAUCAACAUUUGUCAAGGGCAAGAACCAAACAAUCAAGACCAAAAAGGAUCCUCGAAGACGGUGGAAUCCUCCAACGCAGACGCUAAUUGGGGCCCUCAGUUCACUUACCGUGACAGAUGAGGCAACUUUCACUCUUAACGACUCUUCACGAUGGUCCCUCGAUCACCUGUCCGAGAACACGUACGAAGAAUCGGACGAGUCACAACGUUCCGUCGAUUCUGACAUUAUUGGCAACCAACAGACUACCAUAAUAAGGGAAUCUGACGAAAGUCCAUUUCACCGACUGGAACGAUGGAUCGUCUCCCUGGAAGCAGUGCAUGGAGUCACGUUGCUCAAGGAUGUUAGUAGACGGCUGGCAAAUGCAGCAGUGCCAGCAGUGGAGCACGUCGUACGCGAUCGCCUAUUUAAUAAAGUUUCUUCGUCUUCCGUCAACGAGUUAGUGGAUUUCUUCGUUUUCCAGCGCCGACUUUACCUCAACGACCACAGCUUUUAGCGUUAGACGUUUUCUUGAGAACUGCAAAAACAGGAGGGAUAACCUUUAUUUCAUGACCUAACUGACUUGAGUUGACAGACCCAGCAAUGGCUUUCCCCUCCCAUCAAGCAAGAUAUCAACAAAAAUUCAAAUAGGAAUGAGAGAGGAGAAAAACCAAACUGAAAAGAUUCCAAGUUACUGUUUCUGAGUCGAUUUUUUUAGCGAAUGGACAUUAAAGGCCACAUCAAACAAAAAAAAGACAGGUCUCUGUCCCUUU